AUCUGUCGGAGCAAGCACCACUGACAGGAGAGGGAAGAUUUCGCGAACCGGUUCCAUGCAUCAGUAGCAAGUGCAUACUAAGAAGCUGUAUGCAACGUUAAUUGAGCCAAUAAUUGGUUGCAUUUAAAUAGCGGGAACUCAUAUGCACGUAACGUUUUGAAUUGUACUAUGGAGUCCAUACUAGAGCUCGUGAAACCAGCACUGUUUUGGCUAGGUGCUUUAACUGCGGCCUGGUUCUCUGUCUGCUCCGUAUACCGACUCUUAAACGGCCUGAAGAUAUGGAUAUUGGGUAAUGGAAAGCUGGUUUCACCCGCUAAACUUGGAAAAUGGGCAGUUGUAACUGGAGCCACAGAUGGGAUCGGGAAGGCCUAUGCGGAGGAGCUCGCACGGCGAGGCUUUGCUAUUGUGCUGGUCAGCCGCUCACAGGAGAAGCUGGAUGACGUCUCCAAAGCCAUCGAAAGUAAAUAUGGUGUUGAGACCAAAACCAUCGCUGCGGACUUUGGGUCUACUGACAUCUAUCCAAAGAUUGAGAAUGGACUGGCUGGACUAGAGAUUGGGGUUUUAGUAAACAAUGUUGGAAUUUCCUACUCUUACCCGGAGUUCUUCCUCAACGUCCCCAAUUUGGACCAAUUUAUCGACACAAUGAUUAAUGUCAACAUCACCUCUGUCUGUCAGAUGACCCGGAUUGUUCUGCCCUUGAUGGUAGACAGGUCGAAAGGGGUGAUUUUAAAUAUCUCAUCUGCCAGUGGCAUGUACCCUGUCCCACUUCUCACCAUCUACUCUGCUACCAAGGCCUUUGUGGAUUUCUUCUCUCGUGGGCUUGAAGCUGAGUACAGGAAGAAAGGCAUCAUCAUUCAGAGUGUGCUGCCAUUCUUUGUGGCGACCAAGUUGAGUAAGAUCAGGAGAGCGACUCUGGACAAGCCCACUCCAGAGCACUACGUGGCUGCCGCGCUCAACACUGUGGGCCUGGAGAGUCAAACCAACGGCUACCUGCCCCACGCCAUCAUGGGCUGGGUGACCACCGCGCUGCUCCCUGCCAGACUGCUCAACCAGCACAUCAUGGGCUUGCAUCUGUCCCAGCGCGCACGCUACCUCAAAAAGCAGAAGCAGGGCUAGAGCCCACACAGGCUGGACAAGACGAGGGAGGGGAGCGCACUGGACACCCAGUGGUGAAGAGGCUGACCAUAAAAAGCCAUCAGCAUCACCUCCACGUUUCCUCCUCUGCUCUAGAGGGACCAAGAACAGGCGUGUCCAUAUCAGUCUUAAUAUUAGGGGCUCAAAUGAGGUUUGUGUGAAAGUGGAAUUGAAAGGAUGAGGUGUGUUUUUUUUUUUUUUUUUUUUUUUUUUUUUUUUUUUUUUUUUUUUUUUUGUCAUGAAGUUUGUAUCAGCACUUAACUAACUUACUUUUUUUUUAAAGAAAUUACUACUGAUUGAAGAAUUAAUGCUUUACAGCCAGUCCUUUUUGCUAUAGAGAAAGGACAGUUGGUUGCCUGCAUCACUCACUGUAUCAAAAACAUAUGCGUAUUCCAAUUUAACAAGAAAAAACAUUUACUUUGUGCAAAUUACUUCGACACACGAGGAAAAAAAGACAAUGUCAGGAACCUCACAUGUUUGUAACAUACUGUCCAUUUAACGUGUGAUGUGUUUUUUGUUUCAUAAAUGUGAACUAACUUUUUUUUCUUCAGCUUUCAACAUAGACAAACUUUUUUUGUUUUAUUUCAAUGUGAAGAUGUGAAGUUCAGUGUUCAACUCAUAUCCAUGGAAACAGUGUAAAACAGCAACUCAAAUCUGCUUGACUCUCAGAAACCUGUUCACAAGAGUAGAUCCAGCUGAGACGGGCAUGCCAUCUGUCUUUGAAGUACAUUGCAAAGCAAGCAUGUUUCCCCCCUAUUCUGGGAUUUUGGUCAUAUACAUUUCUGUGUUUCUAGUUUUAGAUGCUGUAAUGUUAGGGCCUCCGUCUUUGAAUGUGUAAAUUCUCUCCAGUCCGGUUGCAUAAUGCACUCUCCUGCUGGGAUAUGCAGGGCAUCUUAUCACCACAUGGUGUUAUCAGUCACACUUUUAAUGGAUUGUUCUCAGAGACAUGCACUUCUCUUAGUUCGCACUACAUCUGUUUGAAAGAGAUGCUGGUGAAUCUCACUGAAAUUGGAGUCUUUUAUAUUUGUCCUGUCCGUUAAAAUAUGAUUGUUGUUUUUCCAAGUGUUGAGGAACUGCAGGCAUUUGUAACAUAAUAGCAACAAUUUUCCCUGUGAAUAGUUGACAGAUACCCACUCAUUCCAAAAUUGUGUACUGGAAACAUUGUAAUGACCAAAAAUUUGUCACAAUGGAUGACCUUUAUUAAGGGGCUCCCUUGAGCAGCAUUAUGAAAUUGGCUUGAAACUGAUUUUUGAGUUUCAUCUGUAUGAUGCUUCUUUAUAUCAGUUAACCCCCAGUGGUGAUUAAAGUGCUUUGAAAGUUA